AUGGACCUCCUCGAGAUGCCGCUGCCCCACUUCUUCGAGAAGACCCUCGGCAAAGACGAGGACGAGUGGCCGCCGGAGGCGCGCUUCCUCGUCGCCGCAUACUACGGCAACGUCCGCCGCCUCAAGGAGAUCGCGCGGCGCCUGGACAGGAGCGGGGGGAGCAAGGGCGCGGACGCCACGCUCGCCGCCACAACCUACCGCGGCAUGAACGCGCUCCACGCCGCCGUCGGGGGGCUCGGGAGGCUCGACGCAUGCCGCUACCUCGUCGACACGCUCGGGAUGGACGUCAACAUGUGGGACGCAUCCCCAAGGAAGAAGACGCCCCUGGAGCACGCCGUGGCCGGCGGCAACCUGCCGGCCGUCAGGUUCCUGCUUGACCAUGGGGCAGAUCUCCACCAGGAAUGUGAGGAGGGCGCCACUGUUGUCCACCGGGCUGCAAUGAAAGGGAAGUCAGAGAUACUAAAACUGCUGCUUUCUAGAGGAGCCGAAGUCGACGGCAAGUCAGAACAGGGGACACCACUGUGUCUCGCCGCCCUUAAAGGACACGAGAGUACUGUGGAGGUUUUGUUGGAGCACCAUGCAGAUGUCAACAUGGUUGUGCCUUCUUGUCUGGCAACACCUCUAGAUGCUGCAGUGUUUUCUGCUUCCAAGCAUUGUGUCAAGCUAUUGAUUCAGGCUGGAGCUAAUGUGAACGAUGUUAAUAAUAAUUCCUUGGCAAGAGCUGCAAGCGAAGGCUUAACUGAAAUUGUUAAGUGCUUGUUGGAGGCAGGUGCAGACCCAAAUCGUCCUGAUGAGUCAAAUGUUGCAAAGUCUGAUGGGCAUGUUGGAGCGGUGAUUGCCAUGUCCUCAGAAAUGGCCUUUUAA